UGUCCGAAACUUUAACGGCCGUUAAAUUAAAUGUUAUCAUGCUUUUUUCGGACCAGGCUUGGAAAUGGUAAUAACUUUACUUAAUAAAUAAUCAACUAUUUAAAAAUUUAUUAAUCUGGUAACACAACUAACGAAAUGGAAAAGAAAAAAGUUAAAAAAUGGAAAGAACCAACAUUUUAAAAAUGGAAAGAACCGCCAUUUAAAAAAUGGAUCCAAGCACUAUGAAAUUAUUAUUCCUCCUUAUUGAAGGAGAAAAUAGAAGACGUGGUGCUGGUCACGGUGGUGGUUAUGGUGGUGGUCGCGGAGGUUGGCGUGGUCGUGGCGGUUGGUCUGGUGGACAAGUUGGAUAUGAGGUAAAAAGUUUUAAUCUUAAUGAAUGAAUCAGAUGUGGUACCAACCACAAGAAUAGUGGUACCAUCCACAAUUGGACCCAACACAGCAACAACUGGCCCAGCAACAACCGGCCCAGCAACAACUGGUCCAGCAACAACCGGCCCACCAGCAACCGACCCAGCAACAACUGGCCCAGCAACAACCGGCCCAGUAUCAACUGGCCCAGCAGCAACAAGCACAAUCCAAGGAACAAGGGCCACUCCAGCAACAAGAGCCGCCAGAAUAGCUGCCACAAAAAUAGCAGUUCCAGUUAAUUUUAGUUUUGUUGGGUAAAAUUAGAGAGUAUAAGCAUUGGAACCAUUUAUUAAUAAAAAAUAUUUAUGUGGGUCAAUUAUGAACCGAUAUAAUUUUCUAAAGGGGAGCUUAUAGGGGGAUAGGAUCAAUUUUGAACUGAUCAUCAUACAAUUUGAUAUAGAGAUUAAUGUUCCUAUAAAAAUUGCUUAUGUCAAAUUCCUACGAAACUUGUUUGUGUCGAAUUUGGUUAUUUUGGGGCAUUAAUGAGUGUUAAAGUCAUUUUCCUGAGC